ACAGAAAGGUAUAAGUGAACUCUAGAAUAAAGAAAAGGAACUCGGAACUCAUACCACUCUUUUCAUCUUCUUUUCACCUUCUAAAUCAAAUUAGUUUCAAUGAAGAAAUUCAACAAUGUUCAUCUUCUUUUCAUCUUCUUCCUUUACUUCUCUGGAACCACCCAUUCCUUGUUUAGUCCAUCUUCCAAAUCCAAAACAACCGCGCACCCCUCUGCAACACUCACUUCAAAUGAAGAUGUUAAAACAUACUUUUUCAAACAAACUCUCGAUCAUUUUAACCAUCUUCCAAAAAGUUAUACAAAGUUUAAGCAAAGAUAUUAUGUAAAUUUCAAGUAUUGGGGUGGUGCUAAUUCCAGCGCCCCAAUACUUGCCUAUUUGGGUGCAGAAAGUGAAAUGGAAAUGCCGGAUGAAGAUUUUGGGACGGAUAAUGCAGCAUCCUUUAAAGCUUUGCUGGUGUAUAUAGAGCAUCGCUACUACGGGAAAUCUGUUCCCUUUGGAUCAAAGGAAAAGGCAUAUAAGAAUGCGAAUACGUUGGGCUACUUAAACUCAGAACAAGCCCUCGCAGAUUACGCCGCCGUGCUGAUAUAUUUAAAAAAUUCAUUACAUGCACAAGAGUCGCCAGUGAUUGUGAUGGGAGCAUCCUAUGGCGGAAUGCUUGCUGCAUGGUUUCGGCUUAAAUAUCCGCAUGUGGCCGUGGGGGCCCUGGCAUCAUCGGCUCCACUCCUAUACUUCGAUAAUAUCACACCUCAAAAUGCCUAUUAUGAUGUUGUUACAAGGGAUUUUAAAGAAGCUAGUGAGACAUGCUAUAAAUUUAUUCGAAACUCUUGGUCUGAAAUCGACAAAGUUGCGUCUCAGAGAAAUGGUCUUUCCAGUCUAAGCCAGAGAUUUAACACUUGCUAUCCUUUGGAACAGUCUGAUGAGUUGAAAGAGUUCCUAAGGAUCAUAUAUAUCUACUCAGCCCAAUUUGAUUAUCCUCUAGUUAGAAAUAUCUGUAAGGCCAUUGAUGGAGCUUCCUUUGGAAGUGAUGUCCUGAGUAGGAUAUAUGGAGGUGUUGUUGCUUACCAUGAAAGCAACAAAUGUACUGUUAAUGCCUAUAAGUAUACUGUUGCAGCAGACACAUUUAAUGUUUAUGAGUGGCAGAGAUGCACCGAAAUAGUGAUGCCCAUCGGCAUAACAGGGAAUUCUACCAUGUUUCAACCUAUGCCUUUCAGCUUAAAAAACUAUGCUAAAAAGUGCAAGAAAGAUUUUGGAGUCUCACCUCGACCUCAUUGGAUCACUGCUUACUAUGGAGGUCAUAAUAUGAAGUUAGUUCUUAGAAGAUUUGGUAGCAAUAUCAUUUUUUCAAAUGGACUCAGAGAUCCUUAUAGUAGUGGAGGAGUUCUGAAAAACUUAUCCGAUAGUCUCGUUGCGCUUUCUACCGUCAAAGGAACUCAUGGUAUGGAUCUUAUGGCUGCAAGUGAAAGUGAUCAAGAUUGGUUGACUGAGCAGAGGAAGAAAGAGGUGGAGAUUAUGCAUGGAUGGAUUAAACAAUACUAUGCUGAUAUUGAUGCACUAGAAUAAUGAUGAUAUAGGAUGAAAACAAAAGAAAUAAUGUUGUACACAGCAAGAGGUGUACAUUGUGAGUUUUUGCCAUCCCAGUAGGGAUUCCUGCUGAGUGUAAGCGUUCAAGAUUCUAAAAGACGAUGAUGAAGAACUUACAUCGAUUUUGCCAUACAACAAAGGAAUGCCUUUUCAGCUUGAUCGUGCAUGUGAAUUGAUCGACGAAAUGCCUCAAAGGAAUGAAGUUUUGUGGGGCACCAUUAUAGCGUGUUAUAGACAUGAUAAAUUGUGUCGUGAUGCUAUUCAACUCUCUUUAAUGAAAUUUUUCGAGCAUUGUUAUA